AUGUCUCCUGUAUCUCCUAUGGAGUCUGGAAGCCAGGCACCAUGGGCAUCAACAUCGACCUUUGGAGGCGCAACAGCCAUGGGAGCGGGUGCCGGUGCCGGCGCCGUCGCUGCACGCCAUUCUCUAACCAGUACCACUCCGGCACCCCGAUACUCCGACGAGAAGCCAGCACAAUAUCACCAAUACAUGGAUUCCAAAAUACCAGAAAGCAACGAGAUGCCGACCAAUGCCAACGUCUGGGAAAUUGACGGCAGAGAGAUGCCGCCGCCCAGCGAGUUGGAUGCGGGCAAGAGAGAUGGGUUAAACUUGGGCGAUACCGCCGACCGUGGAGCAUGGGCAACAUGGCGAAUUUUUGGGCAAUAG